GUUCAGCACCAACUCAAUUAAGCACAACACACAAAUACAAUUACAAACCUAAGGUCAGGGUACUAUAAUCAUCAUCAUGUCACAUGUGCCCAAGGCAGCUUCAAAUGGCGCUCUGAUCCAGCAUAGUGGCACUUCGCCGAACCAGAAAGCUUACCUGCCAAGCCCCUUUGAGCUGAAGGACCCUCAGAUCCUAGACAGAGUCUACCUCACCCAUGUCAAUGAUGAUGAAAUCUGUGAUACUAAAAUCCUUUUCGACCUUGUGUCCACUGUUGUACUUCAGAGUGUUUCACAGAUUCCCGCUACCAGUUUCAAACCAGAAUUCUCUACACUGAAGUUGAUUUCCUGUCAGAUGAUAACCACACGCAAUGCUGAUCACUGCGUGCACCAAACAACAAUGUGGAUUCUUCAAAACCUGAGAAGCUACUCCUGGGAUGCAAAAGCAAUCAUAACUCUAGCUGCUUUCACCUUGGAGUAUGGAAAUUACCUGCACCUUAGCCGGGCCGCAGUAGCCGACACGCUUGGAAGCUCACUGAGGCAGCUGAAUCAGGUUCAUACCAGAAAGGUCCCUGCUGAUAUCACCAAACUUGUGACAUUCAUAGUGCACGCAUUUCAGCAUCUUAAGGAGUGGGCAACGUGGGCUGAUGAAGGGUAUGAACCAGAGGAAGUGCCUUCCUUGACAGAAGCACUGCAGCAUGUCCCUGUUGCUGUUUACUGGACAAUUGCUGCCAUUGUUGCCUCUACCGGCAACCUUGUCGGUGUAUCGACCUAUAACUUGCAGGGCUACAUAGACAGGCUUGAUGAACAUGUUACCAAGUUGGCUGAGCAACUAAACAGUUGCAAAUUGCAAAUAGGCCACGUGGACGACUACUUUAACCGCAGGAAAAUUUUUGACAAGCCUAAGGACAUUGUUGAUCUGUUGAAGGCUUUGAUCCACAGAAAUGGAGCUCAGGGUCCCCAGAUAUUUGAAGGCGGUGUCAUCGUUAAGCAGGGUCUUGAAGUGUUCAGACAGAAACAUGUGUUGCUGUUUAUUUCGGGCCUCAACAGCAUUGUAGAUGAGAUUUUGCUUCUCAAUUCAAUCUACAACAGGUUGCAGGACAAUCCAACAGAAGUGAUCAAAGGCUUCAAGAAGGAAGACUUCAAGAUUCUGUGGGUCCCCAUGGUGGACAGGUGGGACGAAGCCAGCAGGGAACAAUAUUUAAACACUUGGAAGAGGGGAAUCAAAUGGUACAUAGUGGAGUACUUCUUUGAAUUACCAGGACGCAGGAUAAUAACAGAUCCUGAAAGAUUGGGUUAUGAGGGUAAUCCUAUUAUCCCAGUGUUCAACCCUCAAGGAAUGUUGACGAAUGACAAUGCCAUGGACUUGAUUUUCCAGUGGGGAAUAGAUGCAUUCCCUUUUAGGAAGAGUGAUGGUAUUGAUCUUACUCUAAAGUGGAAGUGGCUUUGGGACAUAAUAAAAAAAGCAACUCCUGGACUACAGGUCAAAGUGGACAGAUACAUCUUCAUCUUUGGAAGCACCAACAAUAAGUGGAUCCAAGACUUCACAAUUGAACUGGACAAGCUCAAAAGGAAUGAGACGGUCAAGCGUGCAGAUGUUAUAAUAGAGCAAUAUCAGCUGGGCAAGGAUGACCCUAACCGUGUUCCUAGCUUCUGGAUGGGUGUGGAAAGGAAGAAGCAGAACAAGAAGCAUCAAGAGGCAGUGGACUGUGAGAUUCAGGGGAUUGUGAAGAGCUUGUUCUGCCUCAAAAGGGAUCCCCAAGGAUGGGUCAUUCUCAGCAAAGGCCAUAACAUCAAGCUUCUCGGUCAUGGCGAGGCUGUUUAUCAAACUGUGGUGGAGUUUCCGAAUUGGAAGGAGAAAGUGCUCGAGAGAGAAGGGUUUGACAUUGCCUUCAAAGAGUACUAUGACAUCAAGGCCAAAGAGAUCUCUGCUCGCCAACCAUGUGAGAUUAUCAAUGUUGAUAGCUAUAGUGCUAAUGUCAUAGCUACCAUAACAUGCCCAAAUCCUAUGUGUGGCCGUGUGAUGGAGGUGACUUCUGUUAAUUACAAGUGCUGCCACAGUGAUGCUCCAAAUGGUUUUGGCAUCUGAUUCAUGUGGAGGGAAGAAGUGUCAAUUUGGUUUUGUUGUUGUACUUGGAUGUUCUGUUCAAUUUUUCAGUUCUUGUUUGUUGACAGCAUGUGUCUGUCCAAACAAAUGCGUCUUUGUCAUGCCAUAGAAUAAACACUUGGUUUGCCCUUGAAUGGGUAUAUCAGUAAAACAAUGGCUUCAAUAUGCCUGUCUGCUAUUGAAGUUCAUGAUUAAAUAAAAUUAGUUAUGCAUUGUAUUUUCAGAA